CUUCAGUAUGUUACGGGCGUUCGUGACGAACGGUUAUCACAUCUCCUCCUUCCUUCCUUUUCAAGUGCUCGGAGCUAUAUAACUAAGAGACAGUUGUCAUCGCACGGGCACAGCUGGAACUUUCCUUUCCAUUUUAUUUAUUGACGUUUGUUAUUAUUGCGCAAAAAGAAGAUGGGCGUGCGGCAUCGCUGUACGUUACGCUCCUCCAUUUGUUGAAUCAUUGGACGCGAUUCGCUCAAUCUUUACGAAAGUGCGAUAGCUCAAUACACUGCGAGUGCUGGUGCAGAUGGGCACAGCCAGUGUCAACUAUAAGUGUAAUCUAAUUACUGCACACACACACGCAAAAAGUGAUCCUGCCCGUCUAUGAAACUUGUUCUUUCUCUCUUUUUUUUUAAAAAGAGGGACUUUAGCGCCAGUUCUCCAUAAGUCACUUUACACACUCGGUUUGCGAAGACCUAUUCAUCAGCCGUUAUAGUAUAGUCCUUCCAACUGGUUCUAACAAUGGCCGUUGUGGCGAAACUAUGGUCUGGAAUCGUCUAUGGCCGACUGUUGGUCUUCCUUUACCUCGUGGUGCAUCACGUCCGCAUCGGUGUCGCUUACGAGACGGACACUAAAGACGUUUGGAGAGACAGCGAUCAGGCAUUCGCCCAAGGUAAAUGCUGGCAGAAAGACGUCCUGGAUUUGGAUGCAGGAUGGACGAGUUUUCGGUCUAGUGGGCAGCAUCAUCACCAUCAUCAUCACCAUCACCACCAAUAUCUACCCGAGUUGGAGCCGAUGCGUGUGGAGAUGAGGCCGCCGUACGCAAUCCAAUCGCCUAAUCACCAAGUCACUGUCAAAAUGGCCAUCGCUUACGGUGGCGUAGCUCGUCUGCCCUGCCCGGUCAGGCAACUGGGAAACAAAACAGUAUCGUGGAUGAAGUACUCAGAUGACAGUGUCCAAUUGUUGACGGUGGGCAACGGGACUUAUUCCAAUGACAAUCGCUUGGCGAUCGCAUGGCGCUACCCUGGCAACUGGACGUUGCAGAUAUCUUCGCUCGAACUGCACGACACCGGCUGCUACCAGUGUCAAGUGAACACACAUCCGCCGAUCGGCCUCUUCGUCUAUCUGCACAUUCGAGGUCCAGCCGUGGCUAUUGUGGACGAAGGAAACAUUUCUAUAAGCGAAGCUGUUUUCAAAAAUGGCGCUUUGAUUCGGUUGGUGUGUCAAGUGCGACAGGCCGACAGAAACAAUUUCUCACUUCACUGGAAAAUCGGUUCGACCAUUCUCAAUCACGACACACAGCGAGGAGGUGUCAGUGUCAAGACGGAGCGGAAAGGUCGAGACGCAGUCAGCUGGCUUCUGAUGGCUCGGGCCAAUUCACGCGAUUCGGGAAUCUACAGCUGUUCAGUAGACAACCGAUCGGAGGCCAUCGUGUCUGUUCACGUCAUACAAGGUGAACAGCAGGCGGCCGUUCAAGAACUGACGGGCGUGGCCGUACGGCAUUUUAGCGUUUGGAUUCUUCUCUUCGUGAUUGGCCAUUCGGUACUUUACUGAUGUUCCAUCGACCUCUCCAUUUUUAGUUGUGUGUUAUUAAAUAACUCUGCCGUACCUAUUUUAUGUACAUAAGGCGAAAACGUCUAGUUCUCGCCAUAAAAAAAAAAAUUUAAUAAAAUAAAUAAAUAAAAUGUCUGCCCAUAUCUCAAAACCCUGUCAUUGUUUAAAAUGUAUGGUUAUCUGACACCCUUUUCUGUCUCAUGAUUCAUUUGGCAUACGAAGGACAUGUUGAACCAAAUAAAAUGAAAAGUCAUAAUAAUCAA